UUAAUGCCAUGGUCAAAGAUGGCGGCGAGGAACGCGUCGGCGUGCUGGAAGUAACUCAAAAAGACCUUUUAGACAUUCCAUACCCUCGCAGGGAGCGCGCUUCUCCUGCCGUUAAGAGCGAGACCGGGCCCUAUCAGGAGAGAUUACCGAGAGACACAAGGAAGCUCCGCAUCCAGAAAUGGAUACUUUUGUUGUAAAACUGAGAAGAAAAAGAAGGCGGGUAAAUUUGGAAGGAAAAACGCAGGGUGUGCAUGCAGCCACAACAACGACAGCUCCCAUUCCAGGAAUUUAUUUACCUUUACUCCCGAGAUAUUUUCAAUACACAACGUCUGAUGUUCGAAGGCACUCUGAACUUCUGAAGGCAAAAGAAGGUUGUUUAAACUGCAUCCAGGAUUCCCUUUUGCAAGGCCAGUUGCAGAGGGCUGCAGAAUUAAUCAUAAGCUACAUAGAAAUGUUGGAGUAUUACAGCAGUAAAGAGAAACUGCGGGCUGCUCCUGAAGAGAUCUGGAGAAUAGGAACUGAGAUCUUGCAGCGGCACCCACGGAGCAAUAUUCACGAGACCAACCACUUUGCAGAUCAGAUGAAAAAUUUAGGAGUAAAAAAAUAUUUAAAGGUUUCUUUAGAGCACGCCUUCCACCUCCUGUGCAACGGGUUUGAGGACGAGGCUUAUCAGAACCUGGUCCUGGCAGAAAGCUGGAAGUAUGGAGAACAAACAGUCCUUCAGAACAAAGAACUGAAACUCAUUCAAGGUUACAGGGGGCUGCUGGACUAUUCUAAGUGGUUGAAAAAGAAGACGGACAUGUUGGGGCUUGAUGAGGACAGCUACGCAAUGUCUUCUAUUCAGCAGGAAAUGCGCAUCUUGUACCGGCAGGCUAAAGUCAGCCUCAAGGAGAUCAUUAAAAUUCCUGGAGUUUGGGAUCCUUUUGUGACGAGUUAUGUGGAUAUUCUGGAACAUUAUGAGGAGUAUGAAGAAGCAAGAGAAGUGUUGAGCGAAUAUGCAUAUAAUUCCAAAUUUCCUCCAAACCCUAAUGCACAUGUCUUCUUAUAUCAGUUCCUAAAGAGAAGGGGUGAAUCAAGGAAAACUCAGAGGUCUGCACUCCAGAUCUUGCAUGAGCUUGUCCCUUCUCACGAACUGAUGCUGGAAUAUUACGCCAUGCUGAAAAAGUCAAAAAAAAGAAAAAACCAGCAGCUACGUCUGGAAGUUAUUUUUGCAGCCUUGGACUCUGCUGGGUGGAAGAAGAACGUCAAAGCCUGGAGCUGCUUGGCGAAGGAGAUCGUAGAAAUAUUGCAGAACUCUGACAAACAGCUUCCCUGGCUCAAAAAUGAGUGGGCAUCUCGAAAGGACUGGUGGCCAGCCUUGCAUUUCAGCCUUUAUUUGGCAAAAAGAGACUGGCAGGAAGAUGAAUGUCUCGCUUGUGAAAAAGUGCUGGUGGCUGGAAUGCUGAUGGGAAAAGAUUGCAAAUAUUUCAGAUACGUCAUGCGACAAGGUUGUGAAGCCAAUAAGAAAAAGUUCAAACCAUUGAAGACAUUUGUGAAAAAACACAGCUUGGUCAGUUUGAAGACUGUCUGAUACUUGAUUACUUUUAGAGGUGAAAUCCCUUUUCUUUUCUUUUUGGAACUAAAUUGUUUUUUUCAGAUUGUACAUGUUUUGCUCUGCAUACAGAUCUCCCCUGCGAUGAAAAAGCCUUGUAGAUAACUGACAACCUUUUUUUAAAAAAAAUGAAGUUCCAGUUUUAUAAUAAAUCUUUCCAAAGGAA